AUGAAUCUGUCUUAUCUUCCGCAUUCCAGCGAUCUCAGCCACGUUGCUCGAGGCAAUCUUUCAACCUCCGCCAGGAAAGAGUCUGCCAGUCCGGCCCCCAGUGACAUACCAUUUGUAAAGCAACUGGAAUCCAGGAGGACAAUUGUUCACGAGUUUCAGAAAGCCACGAGGGAACGGCCGUACCCGUACCGUCAUCCGACGUCACUUCAAGCCACUGGGGUGCCGAUCAGUGGUAUUGAGCCGUAUCCAACCGUCCUGGACUCGGGUAAUCUGCCCCCCUCAAAUAGGAGAUGGUGCCUGUACCUGAACCCUUUCGGCAACGCCAGCUGCCCUGCAAACGAUGGACGUCGGCGGUGA